GUUUUAGUUCUUAAAUACAGUGUGAGAUUUAAACGUUACGAUUAAAUGUGUAGAGUUCGAAAUUAAUACAGUGAAAUUAAAAAGACAGUGCCACAAAAAACAUAAUGGAUUAUUUAACUACGGAAUGUGCCGCAAGGUCAGCGGGUCCGGCAAAUACAUUAAUGACCUUGUUAUUGCAAACAUUGAUAACAAAGUUUUGUGCAUUAAGCGAUCGAUCGCAUUGGCCGGCCGAUUAUGGUGAAGAAAUUGCUAAGAAAGGCUUGGGUGACUAUGACUUUGUGGUAGUUGGUUCUGGUAGUGCCGGUUCUGUUGUUGCUGGACGUCUUAGUGAAAAUCCCAAUUGGAAAGUUUUACUUCUGGAGGCUGGUGGUGAUCCACCCAUUGAAACUCAGUUUGUAGGCUGGCAUAUGGCUACACAAUUUUCGGACUGGGAUUGGCAAUACCACACUGAACCCAAUGGCAAAGCCUGUAUGGCCAUGGAGGGCGAAAGCUGUCACUGGCCUCGUGGCAAAAUGUUGGGCGGUACUAAUGGCAUGAAUGCCAUGAUUUAUGCUCGCGGUACUCGUGCUGAUUUCGAUGAUUGGCGUGAUCGCGGCAAUCCAACUUGGGGCUUUGAUGAUGUUAUGCCCUAUUUCCGUAAAGCCGAAGAUCUACGUUCGACCCGAGGUGGCUAUAAGCCCGGAGAUCAUGGUGUGGGUGGACCAAUGGGCCUUAAUAAUUAUGUUUCGGAUAAUGAAUUUCGUGAAACUAUCAAGGCAGGCAUGGGUGAAAUGGGUUAUGGCACAGCUCCUGAUUUUACAGAAGGCUCUUGGAUAGGACAAAUUGAUAUUUUGGGUACACAAGACCAAGGCAAACGUAUAACAACGGCUCAAUCUCACUUGCAUAAGGAACGUAAGAAUUUACAUGUCAUACGCUAUGCCCAAGUGAAGAAAGUCAAUUUUGACAAGGAAAAGAGGGCCACAGGAGUGACAUUUGUUUUGAAAGGCAAAAAAGAAUAUACAGUAAAGGUGACCAAAGAGGUAAUAUUGGCAGGAGGAGCUAUAGGUACACCACAAAUGUUAAUGUUGUCGGGCAUCGGACCCUCGGCACACCUUAAAAAAUUGGGCAUACCUGUUCUGGUAGAUUUGCCUGUAGGCCACAAUCUUAAGGAUCACGCCAGUUUGCCGGUAGUAUUCCAAAUUGACAAAUCCACUGCUCGUAAGCCCACAGACGAAGAGCUGGUUGAUGCCAUGUUUAACCUAAUCAUGGGUCGUUAUAGUAAACUUUUACAUCAUGAAGCUACAGCCUUGACAGGCUUUAUAAACACCACCUCCUUACAUGGACCCAAUCCUGAUAUACAAACUACCAAUUUCUUUAGUCUUAUGCAAUCUCCAGAACUCAAAGGUUACAUCAAAGCUACGGGUUUCAAUAAAAAAGUAGCCGCCUCGAUUUUAAAGGCUAAUGAAAAUUCCAAUACCUACAUCACUUAUCUACUGCAUCUGAAACCCUUCUCAAAGGGCCACAUCGAAUUAAGAAGUGCUAAUUAUCUAGAUAAGCCGCUUAUACAUGUCAACUAUAUGUCAGAUGAACGUGAUGUGGAUACUUAUAUUAGAGCUUUGAACAUCUAUUCAAAAUUGCCUCAAACUAAGGCAUUUAGCGAGAGGGAGACCUCACUGCAUAAAAUUGAUUUGGAUGCUUGUAAUUCUCUACCCUACAAGUCCGACGAUUAUUGGCGUUGUUAUAUUAGACACAUGACCACCACUGUUUAUCACCCUGUGGGCACCACUAAAAUGGGCCCCUCUACGGAUCCUACCAAUGUGGUUGAUUGGCGCUUACGCGUUCAUGGUACUAAAGGUUUGCGAGUUGUGGACGCCAGUAUUAUGCCAGAUAUUGUGGCUGCCAAUACCAAUGCCGCCAUUAUAAUGAUUGGUGAGAAGGGUGCUGACAUGAUUAAGGAGGAUUGGGAUGCUAAUAGUCCUCAUAACGAAUUGUAAAGAUAUUAAAAAUGCAUUUAAAGCUUAAACCGAUAUUUUUGUUAUUAAUUUUGUAGAUAAAUAAAGUAAUGUUUCUUAAAUAUGAAA